ACACACAAAAAAUUUCCCAGGCAAGUAAAACGGAGCAAGUUCGAGAAAGAGCUAGAAAAAUCAAUCACAGAGAGAGAGAGAGAGAGAGAGAGAGAGAGAGAGAGAGUGGAGAUGGCGGGAGUAGCAGACGCGCCAAAGAGAACGCUGCCUCCUCCACUUAGAGGCCCUCGCUUCGAGCCCGUCGACCGCGAAAAGACUUGUCCCUUAUUACUUCGGGUUUUCACCAAGAUUGGAAGUCAUCAUGCCAAUGAAGAUUUUGCUGUGAGAGGCAAGGAGCCCAAGGAUGAGGUUCAAAUUUAUACAUGGAAGGAUGCAACCCUUCGUGAAAUUACUGAUCUGGUCAAAGAGGUAGCUCCAGCAGCAAGGAGAAGGAAUGCAAAACUGUCCUUUGCUUUUGUAUAUCCAGAUAAACAUGGACGGUUUUUGGUGAGGGAGGUGGGGAAAACAUUUUCUUAUGGAAAUGGUAGACUUGAUGAUGGCAAGGCAUUGGCUGAACUUGGCUUUCAGAUUGGAGAUUACUUGGAUGUGGCAAUUUUGUAAAGAAGCUAUCUUGUAUGUUGGAUUUUUAGGAUGCACGUAAAAUAGGAAUUAUUGUCUUUCAAGUCGUCAACAUGAUAGAGGGGGCAUAUCGGUUAUUGUACUUAACAUUGUAUCUGGUUCUGGAGUUUAGAAGAUGAGUUUAAUUCUUCCUAUAAAUCUGUGUUGUAGUGAAAAAAAGCCUUAAAUAUCCAUAUAGUUUCCUAGUUCUGGUCUCUCACAAUUAUAUCCUAGUCGGAUGGUGAUGAUCAUUGAUGCAAAUGAGGUAAAAUACUGCUUUGUUCAA